UUUCAAAGCACACUUGACGGAUGGCACCACGGACAGAUAACGAGAUAGUGUGUGCUUAGCCAUUGCCAAGUUCCCACCCAGCUGCCAGCGUUAGCAGAUUCAGCAUCAGUGUAGAAGCGAUAGAAAACACUGCAAAAAACAUUGAACGCAAUUUUUCUCUAGACUUAAAUAGUCAUCUAUUUUUUAAAUGUUAAUAUAGACGUUUCUUUUUUAUUUACCGUCUGAGCUUUUCGAGUUUUAUUCUAGCCUAGCGUUUUAGUCUUCCGCCGUCACAGACAAAUUUAUUGUGAUGCUGAAGCUCGAGGUGGAAAGAAAGAACGACCAUGCAUCGAGGAGAACGUGCGAAGGUUUGCAUUUGGUAAAUAACCUUAGCAACCAGAUAAUCCUGAACACCCACUGACUGCAACGCUGCUUUUACGUAAAAGCGUUAUUUCAUCACUGACGCUCCAUUUUCAGCACCUUGGACAACGACAAGCACGUUGCCUUUACGGCGCGACACCGGGAUAAAAAGCGAGAUAUCGACGGAUUACUCGACGGAUAGCCUAUUUUUAUAUUUAGAAACAUUUCUUAUACAUACAUACAUAGAUAUAUUAACAACGGAACCAACGAAGAUUUGAUUGGAAUAGAUUUCAUAUCUACAGAUAUCUCAUAAUAAUAAAGUCAUCAUGGGAACUGUACUGUCAGUCUCCCCAAGCUACCGUAAGGCUGGCCUGUUUGAUGAAAUACCACCCCCUUUGGCACAUUAUACAGCUGUGCAGAACAGCAAAAAUGCCAAGGACAAGAACUUGAAACGACAGUCCAUCAUUAAUGUCCUGCCAUGGAAGCGCAUCGUGGCGGCUUCGGCCAAGAGAAAAGGCUCUAAGAAGCUGGCCUCUGGUGACAGUCAAGACGAAGAAAGCGUGGGGACCCUCAACACCCAAAACCUGAAGAAGUCCCAGUCAUGUGCCAAUCUUUCCAGCUUCAUCCAGGAACCAGCUGUGAGUUCCAUACCCACAUCUAAGACCACCGCCAAUGUGGCCUCUACUGCCAAAAGGACCUCAAUCACUGGAUCUGUGGGACAAGCCGCCAAUGCGGGCACACCAAAAAGAGUGAUUGUGCAGGCUUCCACCAGCGAGCUGCUAAGGAGCCUGGGUGAGUUCCUGUGCCGACGCUGUUACCGCCUGAAGCGCCUCUCGCCUGCUGACCCCGUACUCUGGUUGCGCAGUGUGGACCGGUCACUUCUUCUGCAGGGUUGGCAGGACCAGGGCUUUAUUACCCCGGCUAACGUGGUCUUCCUGUACAUGCUCUGCCGUGAGGUCAUUUCAGCGGAGGUGUCUAGCGAGCGUGAGUUGCAGGCCGAGCUGCUCACUUGCCUCUACCUGUCCUAUUCCUACAUGGGAAACGAAAUUUCCUACCCGCUCAAGCCUUUUUUGGUGGAGACAGACAAAGAUGCCUUCUGGAAUCGGAGCCUGGCUAUUAUUAACCGCAUGAGUAGCAAAAUGCUUCAGCUUAACUCUGACCCGCAUUACUUCACCCAGGUUUUCGCUGACCUUAAGAACGAGAGUCAGAAAGAAGAAGAGAACCGACUGCUUAUUGGCCUGGAUCGAUAAGUGAGGUUUUGUGCGUAAAUGAAAACAAACAAAAACAGUUAAAAAAGUUUUUGUGUCGUUAUUAGUAUUAUAAAAAAAGUGUAAUAAACUGACGCUUCAGAGCAUAGUUUUGAGGCUUAUUUGUAGCAAUGAAUGACAUUGGAUCAGACAUUGUUGUAAACUCUAAAGGUCUGACCAGGACACCACCACAACCAUAAAGGUGUUCUUUAACCAUUCGUGUGGCUUCCUAAGGUCAGCUGUUGGGUAUAGCGAUACUUCCAUCAUCAUCGAGAAGUCCAACGGUGCAGCAAUCGUGACCUUCCUGAAGUGAUUUCAUCCAUACAAAACAUGAGCAGCAGUCCUGUUAAAGUCAUUCCUGUUUUACAAUAAAGAUAAAAUCUUUUGAAAGCCCAGAUUUGUGCAACAGCAAAAUGCUUUCUAAGCACACUGAGCAGUUUGAAAAUGGGACUUAUUCAAUGGAGCCAAGCUUGCAACAUUGUCAAAAAUGAAGCAAACCAAAGACUCAGCUUAACACUUCUUCACUAGUUUGACCCUUGGUACCACCAUUUCUGCAUUAGCAUCAACCCAAAACCACAAAUAUUAGUGAGUAUCUGACCGUUUUAUCUGAGGACUUCUGCUGCUCUCCUUAUUGGUCAGGGUGUCCGUUGCGUGGCAUCGUGACUUCAAGAUGUUUUGUUUGUUUAGCAUAUCCUAGUGGCCUUUACGAAGGUCUGGGUCUUAAACUGCUGCGGGCACAAGACCAUUUAGUGAGAUGGUCUGUCGAACCGCUGUGUUUAAAAGAGACAAACGACGAAUCAUUUAUGAUUGUGAUGAUGAACUGACUGCACGAUCUUCAACUGAACAGAAUCUCAAACGUCAAGAAAGAGCAUUUCUCUGACAUCGUAUGCUACUUAUUGUCAUCUUCAAAACAUCAGAACAAAGUAAUGCAAAGGUAGAUAUUUUAUGUAUUUUCAAAAGCAAGUACUGUAUGUUCUUAUACGGGUGUUAAUGCAUGCUUCUUUGACCACUUUUUAAACAUCUUUGUUUAUGAUUUGAUGGUCACAUUUUUUGUAUGACGUUCUUUUGGAAAGUGCUCCAAACUGAUGUGCCAUAAAGAC